AUGUUGGGUGUUUUGGAUACUUUUAGUCCAGUUUCAACUGGGAUUUUUGUUGGAAAUAGCUCGGCUGCUAAAAAUAUCAAUCUUUUGAAAGAAAAUAAAAUCACACACAUUCUUACAUGUUGCAAAGAAAUUGACCCCAUAUAUCCAAACGACUUUAUAUACAAAAAGCUUGAUAUAACUGAUACUAUUGACUCAGAAAUCUCAGUCUAUUUCGAAGAAGCAAUUGAAUUUAUUGAUUCCGCAAUUGAUAACAAAGGAAGCAUAUUGGUGCAUUGCAUAAUGGGACAGUCAAGAAGCACCACUAUUGUUAUAGCAUAUUUGAUGAAAAAGAAAGGAAUUUCUGCUAAAAAAGCGUUAGCAUUUUUGAAACAAAAGCACAGAGAUACUAUGCCAAAUGCAGGAUUUAUUAAUCAAUUGAGCAAAUAUGAGAGGAAGUUGAGGGAAAUUAGAGGCCAGAGUAAAAUUAGCGCAUUUUGCUCAAAUUGUGAAAUUUAUUAA